AUGGAGCGCAUCGGGCGCGGCCUGCACGCGGAGGCAAAAGUGAACGCGGCGGCGAACGAGAUCAAGUCGGGCACGGAGGCGCGCGAUCUGCUCUCCGUCCUCGUGCGCGCGAAUCUGGCGGUGUCGCAGAGGGACAGGCUGACGGAUGAGGAGGUGAUGGGGCAGGUCCCGACCUUCUUCUUUGCUGGGCACGAGACGACCGCGACCUCGACGACGUGGGCGAUUUACCAGCUCACGCUUGACCUCGGGAUCCAAAUGCGCCUUCGCCAAGAACUCCAAAGCCUCGCCUUCGACGGCGCCGAGCCUACGAUGGACGAGCUCAACAAGCUGCAGUACUUGGAUAUGUUCACGAAGGACGUGCUGCGCUUCUACUCCCCGGUGCCGUGGGUGACGCGCCAGGCUGUGAGGGACGACGUGGUGCCGCUGGCGAAGCCGUUCAUCGACAUCCAUGGGAAUGUGUGCUCGGAAAUCCAGACCCGCAAGGGCCAGAAGUUCAUGCUGCCGAUCCAUAGCAUGUAUUGGUCGAAGGAAAUCUGGGGCGAGGACGCCGAUGUGUUCAGGUGA